UAUGGGUGAUUCUUUCCCUAUAGAUAUAAAGCUUCCUGAACUUUGUUUCAACAUUGGAGAGGAACCAAGAUCAGAUGUGAAGAUAAACCAGUUUCCAAACUACGAUGCUGUCAUACAAGUAAAAAGCAUCCUCUCAGUUGCGGAGUAUGAGAGGAUCAAGAAUUCGUUCCUGGGACCUAUUUUGAAGGUUAUCAACAGAGGACUGAUGAUGUCUGGGAAGAUGGUGCACUGUUUUCUGAGCAGGAGUUUAAAGGUAUCAAAGGAUAAUGAACUAUGGAUGCAUUUUGGAGGACAACCAAUGAGAUUCUCAAUAAGAGAAUUUCAUAUGGUCACUGGAUUGAAAUGCACUGAAUGGGGAGCUAAUGAAGAUCAACGGCAGAAUCGCUAUGACUGGGCUAACACUGAAGAUGCUCACACAUAUGAAGAUCUUUUGGAUAUUCUACAAGAAACUAAUCCAGAGGCAUCAGAUGAAAGAUUCUCUCUUGCGAUGGUGAUCCUUAUCGAAAGCAUCUUCUUUCAGAGGUACAAAGGUAACAAGCUUCCUGCAAAAAACCUUAAGAGAGCUCAGCAUCUGGAUGUCUUGGCUAAUUAUCUGUGGGGGAAAGAUGCUUAUAAUAUUCUGAUUAAGUCAGUAAAGAAGAAUGUCAAAUUAAAUCUGAUGAAGCAUAAAUAUGACUUACAUGGAUAUCCGUUGGCACUGCACUUGUGGAUUCUAGAGUCUGUUCCUAUGUUAAAGUCAUCUUUCAGCACAUUGAGUGUAAUUGAGCGACCAUCAGCAUAUCUCUGUGAAAAAUACACACGUACAGUUAAUCCAUCGAUUGCUCAAGUGGAGAACAUUGAAGCAUCAAACCAUCUCAAGGUUAUUCACAUAUUACCAUCGAUACCCGAUGAUACAGAAGAUACAGUCUUCUUGGAAGACACUCCUGAUCAAGAUUUGAGUAUGUUAACAGAUGUACUGAACAAGGGAUACAAAUUGACACUUGAAGACUGGAGAAAAAGAGCAUUAGAUGUUGGUGCAGUGAUGGAAGAUAUUGCUAGGAAUUCUUACCAGUUACGUAACAAGGAGACACUAAAGCCAUCCUCUUCUGGAGAGUCACUAAUGGAGAAGCUAGAUAAACUUUACAACAUGGUUACGGAUGGGUUCAGAGAUAUCAAUUGCCGGUUAUCGAAAAUAGAGGAGAGUCUGAGAAAUUAUAAACCUACCAAUACAGACGAUCAGGAGCAACACCAAGAUAGUGGAAUGUCUCCAGUUGCCAGUUCUCCAAUUACCAACCCUACAUUCCCCUGUUCUCCAAGCGCUGAACAAAGUACAGAUAAUGUGACUCAAGUUUCUGACUCUCAGAUUCCUACGGAGAGUGGUGAUGGGAUCCAUCCGACUAACAAUUCUCCCACUGAACAAUAUACAUGUGACUUUCAGAUUCCUACGGAGAGUGGUGAUGGGAUCCGUCCAACUAACAAUUCUCCCACUGAACAAUAUACAUCUGAGACUCAGAUUCCUAAGGAGUGUGGUGAUGGGAUCCGACCAUCUAACAGGUCUACCACUGAACAAAAAACAGUGCAUGUGGCUCUGACUUCUGAGACUCAGAUUACUAAGGAGCAAUCAUUGAUUGACUGUGUACAAUUGCUGCAAGAAGUUGAAGUUAGGUGUGAGAACAAAGGGAGCAAAGGAAUAGUGCGAGCAAUUCAUGAUACAGGAAUCAGUGUUUUAAUGGACAAAUCAAAGAAAGAAGAAUUUUUUGGAAAAGAACAAAUACUGUUUUUCCAUAGAGAGAAUGAAGGUGAACUAAAUCAGAAAGAGAAGGAAGGUGAACCAAAUCCAGAAGUUUUAACUGCUGAGGUAAAUUUAAUGAUUCUUAGAACUUUUUAAAAAUAUUCUAACACAUUAUAUUGACAAGUGAAAUAAUUCAUCUCUAGUUCUUUACACCAAGCGAAAAC